GCUAAUGGUAACUUCCUGAAGCCUUCAAGAGAAGGUGAUGGUGGUGGGAACUGCUCGUCCUACUUUCUGGACAUACCUUAUAGAUGAGUAAGUAUUUUCCCUUCUGCUUUUCUAAGAGCCUAAUAUGUUUUCUAUGUUGUAUUACAAAAAGUACAUUCCAACUUGUCUUACUUUUACAGAUUUUAAAGAACAAGGAAGCGUCAACACGUCAGGCAUAUUCAGAUCUAAUGGCACAGCAAAGUAACACAGUUGAUGAGAAUAAAAAACUCAUAGGAAAGGUAAAAGCACUUGAGGAGAUGUUGGAGAACGUGAAGAAGCAGAAAAUCCAAGUGGAACAGGAGCUCCCUAAAGUGAGGGAAGCUGCAGAAAAAGAGCGUAAGAAACAGCAAAAGGACAUGGAAGAAAUCCGUCUUCAGAAGACCAAGGCUGAGCAAGAGGCAAAGCAGUGUCGUAUAGAUCUAGAGUGCAUGGAGAAAGAGAAAGCAGAUGCAGAGCAGGAACUGGAGUGUGUAAGGCAGUUCAUUUUUCAGGCAGAGACUCAAAGAAGUAUACUGGAGGAAAACCUCCGUGCUUUUCGAAAUCAAAUAGAAGAAAGUGCCUUUACCAGAAGAAACUUGGAAGAGCUUCUAAGAAGAAAAGAUACUAAUCUUCAUGAUUUAGAAAAACAAAAAAAAACCUUAAUGCAAGAGCUGAAGAAAAAAACAGACAGAGAGGAGAAACUUAUGAAGCUUAUCAAGCAAAUGGAACAAGAUCUUGAAUUUCAAGGGAACCUAUCAGAAAUAAAGCUGCAAGAAAGAGAGAAAACUGAAGCUAGAAGGAAAGUUGUUGAAGGAAGAUACUCUGUAACUAGAGAAACUUCCCUGACAACUUUCACUGCUGGGCAAGGCAGCCAGUGUAGGACUGACUCUGAAAUUACAAGUUUCCAGAAGAAAUUAGAAGCCAAAAAAGUAGAAGAACUUAAGCAGAAGAUAAAUGACUUAACCCUUGCUAACAAAAAAGCUGAUAAAACUAUUAAAGACCUGAAAUAUGAACUGAAUGAAAUUGAACUUCAAAAAUCAUCAACAGAAGAAAAGUCUCGUUUAUUAAAAGAAAAACUAGAUAAAGUCAAUAAUGAACUUAAAUGCCUAAAAAUUAAGUUGGAGGAAAAAGACCAAGUAGAGCAAGGAUAUUUGCAGCAGUUGAAAGAACUGGACAGGCAGCUACAGAGAGCCACAAGUAAAGCUGAAGAAGUGAUGCAAGAAGCUAUGGAUCUUAAGAAAAUUAAGAUGAACUAUCAGGAGGAGCUGAAAUCUGUUCAGCAAGAAAAGACAAAGCUAAAAAGAGAAGUAGAGGAGUUAACCAGAUCACAGACAAAAACUGAAAUCACUAUCAAACAUUUAAAUUCACAGAUCAGUUCUCUUCAAAAAGAGAAACUGGCAGCUGAACAUAGAACACAGUCAUGCAAAGGAGAAGCAGAUAAUCUUCAAGACCAAUAUAAGAAAAUUAAAGAACAGUUGCUUCAAAAAACAAAAGAAGAGAAAGAAAACCAGCUGGAAAUUCAGAUGCUGAAGAAUGAAUUAGCCAAAAGCAAUCAGGUGUCAGAAACAUUGAAACGACAGAUAGAGGACCUUAAUAAAUGGAAUACUGAUACAAAACUACAGAUGAAGCAAAUUCUAUCUGAAUCAGAGAAGAUGGCUUUGGAAAAACAAAAUAUUCAGAGGAAAAAUGAGGCAUUAAAAACCCUAGCAGAUGGUUUCAAAGAACAAUUGCACACAACAAAUGAACAAUUGCACAAGCAAACAAUAAUUGAGCAAGAAUAUAUUUGUAAAAUCAAAGGCCUAGAAGUUGACCUAGCAAAAACAAAAGACCUAGCGAGGGAAUAUAAACAAAACUGUGAUAAACAAAGUGCUUCCACCCUCACCAUUAACCAGGAGGUUAAAAAUUUAAAUGCUCAAAUGAAUGCUCUAACCAUGGAAAAGAGAGUGAGUGAGCAGAAGAUCCAGCUACAACAAACUCAUAUACAAGACCUAAGUAGCAAAUUAAAAAAAUUGCAGGAUGAGCUCCAUCAGAAGACUCUGGAUGAACAGAUGGCACGCAAGAAGAUGAUUCUGUUUCAGGAAGAAUCCAUUAAGUUUAAACACUCUGCAGAGGAAUUUAGGAAAAAAGUUGAAAAAUUACUAGAAUCUCAUAGCAUCACAGAAAAGGACAUUUCUGGCAUAAAACUAGAAUGUGUUGCUCUUCAGCAAGAAAAGCAUAUGGCUGAGGAAAACAUCAUGUUGUACAAGAGGCAAAUGGAAGAUCUACAAGAAAGGCUUAAAAAAUGUCAUGAACAGCUGCAGCAAGGGAAGCAAACUGAAAUGGACUAUCACCAGAAAUGCAGGAAACUUGAGGAAGAAUUGGAAGUGCAGAAGCGCAUGGUUGAGACCUUGAAACAGAAAAUGGAUCUGCAGAUAGUGAAGAACAAGCACUAUGACAUGCAUGUUGAAGUCACAACAUUAAACCAAGAAAAUGACAAGACGUUUGGUAAUGAAGAAAGAAUGUUUGAGGGAUACAAAACAUCUGAAGGGUUUAGGAAAGAAGACAUUGCAAAGAUGAGCUCUUUCGUAGGGGAAGAGAUUUUGAGAACUGUUGAUGAUGCUACUCGGCAGGAAUAUUUUACAGAGGAGUAUGAUGCUAUUAAAUUUGAAGGUCUCCGACACGACGUAACUGCCAGACAGUUGAUUGAAGUUAAACUUUUAGACAGGCUCUCAGCUGAGCAGCUCAUUUCAGGGCAGAAAACUACUGAUGAGAUUCAGAAAACUCUUGAAAAAUUUUUAACGAAACCUACAGCUAUAGCUGGGCUGUACCUUGAAUCCAGCAAAGAGAUACUCUCUUUUGCUUUAGCAGCAAAGAGAAGAAUCAUAGGAAAAGCACUGGCAUUAGCAUUUUUAGAGGCCCAAGCAGCUACUGGUUUCAUCAUUGAUCCCACAACAGGUCAGAAGUUCUCUGUUGAUGAUUCGGUUGCUAGAGGGCUUGCAGACAGUGAAUUCAAGAGUAGACUGCUUGAGGCAGAGAAAGCUGUUUUGGGCUAUUGCUGUUCUGGGAAAGUGCUCUCUGUGUUUCAGGCUGUGGAAGCUCGACUUUUAGAGAGGCAAAAAGGCAAAAAUAUCCUUGAGGCUCAAAUUGCAUGUGGGGGGGUAAUUGAUCCUGUAAGAAGUGUUCGUGUACCUCCAGAAACUGCCGUGCAUCUUGGCUUGCUUAAUAACACAAUUUUAAAAUUUUUGCAUGAACCUUCUAGUAAUGCAAAAUGUUUUUACAAUCCAAAUAACAGGAAAGCUAUGUACUACUGUGAUUUGCUGAAAAUGUGUUUGUUCAGUGUAAGCAGUAAAUGCUUUCUGCUUCCAGCUGGUGAAAGGAAAAUAAGCAGCCCAUCAUCAGAGAGGAGUCAUAAAACUUCUGUAGUAGAUGUUGACACAGGAGCUGAAAUGACAUCAUACGAGGCUUAUAAAAAGAAAUGUAUUGAUAAAGCUACAUAUCUCGAGCUUUCAAAACAAGAAUUUGAUUGGAAGGAGUCUACAUGUUUUGACUCUGAUGGGAAUUCUUUCCUUUUGCUUACAGAUCUUAAAACUGGUGUACAGUUUAAUAUUGAGGAGACCCUAAAUCAAGGUAGAAUUGACAGAGCAUCAGUUGAUAAGUAUAAGGAGGGCUUAAUCACAGUUAAUGAGUUUGGUGAUAUUCUAGUUAGCAGUUCACAGCCAAAUAAAGAUUUAAACAGUCCAAUUGCAGGGUUCUGGCUUUCUGAAACCAACGAAAGAAUUCCAGUCUUGAAAGCCUCACGUAAAAAUUUGGUAGACAGAGUUACUGCCCUCCGAUGUCUUGAAGCUCAGGUUAGUACAGGAGGUAUAAUUGAUCCAUUUACUGGGAAAAAGUACAGUGUUUCUGAAGCUUUGCAAAGAGAGUUAAUUGAUGAUGGUUGUGCCAAGCAAAUCCAGCAAUGUGAGCUGAUCUUUACUGGGAUCAUUCAUCCUGUAAGGAACACUGUUAUGUCAGCUGUUGAAGCUGUGCAUUUAAAUGCCAUAGACAAAGAAAUGGGCAUGCGCUGCCUGGAGUAUCAGUACUUGACUGGUGGCUUGAUAGAUCCAAAGUCUCAUUCCAGAUUAACAAUGGAAGAUGCAAUUAAGAGUGGUAUUAUUGAUGCUGUCACAGCUACAAAGAUAAAGGGUGAAAAAUCACAUGCUAAAGUUUUGACAUGCCCCAAAACUAAGAAGAAGAUAACCUACAAAGAAGCUUUAGAGAGAGCUGUUUUUGAUUGCCACACUGGACUGCGGUUGUUAGAAGCAACUCAGCCCAUAAAAACAGGAAUUUCCAGUCUUUACUAUAAUUCAUAGUGGACAAAAGGUAUUACUACUCAUUUUCGGCCCUGCUGAAAAACCCAUUCAGGUUAAGGAAAUGAUCUGUGGUGGCCAGAUUGCCCUUUGUGGACAAUCAUAAAUGUUUUCUAGCAUAAUAAUGAAUUGCUGUAAAACUAAUUGUUACAGACCACUUAUUAGUGUAAACCACUGCAACCGGACUUAGAUAUUACUUAUAGCAAAAUUAAAAUUUAUAGACAGGCAGAUUCAUAGUUUCAAAAUGAUGUGUUCAGUCUUUCCCUGAAGGCCUUCUCUGACAUUACCUACAUACAGGUAGUGUAAAUGAGAAAUUAUACUCAAGUUGGUGAAGUUAACAUUAGUGCAAGGAGGGUAGAUUUAGGUGAGACAAGGAUCAUGUCCUUACAUUAAAGACUGAAAGGCGUUGCCCAUUUUGUGAUUGAACACGGUGCAGUAUUUCAUGUGACCUGUUACUUAAUUUAAUAUUACAAAUCAGUUUGUAGAUAUCAUUUAUUUUAUGAAAGUGGCAAUAAAAUAUACAAGGGUUAAAUCUGCAGUGUGGUAAACACACAUGCAAAGGUACUUUUUCUCACACUGGUAUUUAAUUAAUUUCAGUGGGCUACUUACACAAUAAAGUUGUAAGCUUUUUUCUCACUCCAGGUAACUUUUCUCUUUAGAAACGUUUUCACGCUCUAAUAGGUAAAUUAUAUACAAUUGCAUAUCAAAUAAAAAAAAUCCAUUGAAAUAAAACGUCUUUAUUUUUACAUGUGAUACAUGGAAGAGCUUAAGCAUGUUUUCUCAGUACUGAUAAAUGUCCACCUACUAACAGGUUGUACUUAUAUGAAAAGAAAUGUGUUCUUCUAUGCAGAAAAAGAUUAAAUGUCUCAGUAUUUUACUGUUACUGUUCUUUUUUCUGUAGACAUAAAAGCAGUGUAUUAUCCCAACUGUAAUUUAGUAAUCCAUGUACAUAGAUUGCAAAAUACUGUUAUCCUAUGCUGGCUGUACAUAUCCACACCUAAAGGUAAUGCAAAGGCAGCAAUUCAAAGAUACUUUAUAUGCAAAUUUUUUUAGAUUUUUAUCUGCUGAGUAAUGGCUGGAUAGCGAUGCUUUUUCCUUGUAUCAAUAAUUUUAUAAUGAUUGUAUGUGUGUAUGAAUAAGCACCUUUAUCAUAAUUACAAAUCAUUUGAGGUAUUAUUUUGUUAAUAUCUAUGUGGUAUUUUUGUUCCUACAUCGAAGUGUCAUAGUAAUGCAUGUGGUGAUAAAUAAAAAGAAAUCAUUUUACGUUUAUGUGAUAAUGUCAUUGUG